AUGUAGCAUUAUAGCACAGACUUUAUGUCGCUACAUAACCAACUCUAGCAGUAUUAAACUAGCACUCCCUCUCGUUCUCGUCCCGAGACUGCCCUCUCUAACUUGACCAAUUAGUAGCAGUCUCAAAACCAAACUCAAAGUCUGACUCCAAACAACAACAGCAAGUCUUACAACAGUUUUUACAAUCAUGGGAAUAACUAAAACAAUAACAAUAACUGCAAUAUCAAUAAUACAAAUAUCGAGAAUAGCUAUUCUAAAGGAAACAUUAAUAGUAGCAGAUUACUCUAUAAUCAUGAUGAAAAUUCAUCUGAAAUUAAUUUGAGAGUGUCGCCAUCUUUUAAAGAUCAACAAAAUAGAACUUUGCAGGCAUAAGCAACUCAGCCUAAUAAUAAUCUCGAACAAGAAAACCUCCUAUUGAAAAGCUAGAUAGAGAUGCUUAAGAAUGCUUUACUUGGACUAUGCAAAAACUAGCAACUAGACAUUCCUGAACUUCUGCCUUUAAUAGCUUCUUAACAAAAUCAGAAAGCAUAACAAAGUACCUUAAAUCCAGAGGACACUUAAACUAAAAUUCAAUUUAACUAGUUGCCAACUCAAAGCCACUCCAAGGAAAACUUAAGUCCAACCAUCAUGACGCAAAAGCAAAGCAAUAGCAUUACGCCAAAUAAACUAUCCAGCUUCAUGCUUGACAAUACUAACAAUCUCAAUACAUCUGGUAGAAAUGAACUCAACCUGACUUUGUAAAGCAGCAGUUCACCAAGUAAGAGUAGGCGAAAGAGAGCCCAGAGAUAGAAAUCUCCAAUGAAAAGCUUGCUAAAAUUACAUUAACAGUAAUAGUCUCAGCAAUAGCAUCAGACACUACAUAAUCUUAGAAAAUCAAUAUCACCAUGUAUUAGAGAUGAGAUGCCUCUUCAAAUACAUUGCAGAAAGAAUUAAACAGGGCAUGAUGAUACCCUAGUAUUUGACAAGAGCAGCAUUGAGAUUUACAACAAUUAGGCGAAUUAAACCAAGGACAUUUUUAAUCAGAAUGAAGAUUCAAUUAUGAUGAUCUCUCAGGUCAAGCAAGCUGACUAAGUAAAUGACGAAAAUGAGGAACUGGAGAACUCACCAAAGGAUACCUCAUAGAUUCAGAUAAAAUAUGCUAAGAUGCUUGAAGAGCUUGAGAAUGAAAGUUAAGAUAUGAGUGAUCCAGCAAGUCCUUCAAAGUAAGAUGAACUUUCAGAAUACCAGACUCAUGAUUUCGGUGAACAGAAAAGAACCUAGAGCCCAAUCAAUGUAAAUAUAAAGCAUGAUUUAUCAGAGAAAAAGGUCAUUGAAAGCUAGUUUAAUAGCAUGGAUCUCAUGCCUCAAGCAAUGGAAACAAUGAGAUCAAAUAAAUACGAAUAUGAGCAGUUUUACGAGCAUGAAAUUAGCAACCUCAAGAAUGAACUGCAAAUGUUUGCAAUGGAGGAAUAGAAAAUACUUUAGCUUAUCACUAAGAAAGCUGAUCCAGCUUCUCCAAGUCCUAAAAAGCUAGAAUAAGUAACUGAAAUCGACUAAACUUUUGAAGAGGACUAAAUCUAGUAAACUCCACCUAGGAUAAAGCUUUAACCUUAGAUUUCUAACGAAUACUCUGAACUACCCAUUGAGGAGAGAAAUCAAUUAUUGAUGAAUAAUUUAAGAGAAGCAUUUUUAGAGUUAAAAGAUGUGCUAACAGGAGAACAAGAGGAUAGUUUCAUUAAGCCAAUUAGAAUUACAUCUCCAUCAUAAUAAAUAGACGCUAAUUAUUCUCAAUGCUAGAUCUUCCAAGUCACUGAUAUCACCUAAUAAACUGAUUCCUAGUCUUAAAUCAACCUUGAAAAUGAUCCUUAAAGUCCUAUAAAAUCCUCAUUAAUUUAUGAUAACACCAAAAGUACUAAUUCAUAAGUAUACUCAAUGCAAAAGCACUCUCCUUACAGAGAUAGAAGCCAAAAACUGCAACAAUAUUCAAAGGAAUUCACAACUCAGUCUCAUACAAAAUAACAGCCAAUAAAUAUAAGGAAUUCAGGCUCACAGACAACUAAAGAGCGUAGAGAAAAUGUAAACUCCAGAUAUGAAAACAGAAGUUCAACAGAAAAAUCCCCUUUAGAUGUGUAUAGAGUGAAUAGUAGAAGUAUGAAAAGCCAAACAAGAACCCCAGUAAGAGGAGCCGCAUAGAGUAAUAAUAUUAUUAAACAAGAGGAGUAAAAGUAUAGUAAUCCUGCUUAUAGUCAAAGAGAGGAGACAUUAGAGAGCGAAUACAAUUCAAAUCCUUUACAAAUGGAGACCAUUGAGUUGCUAGCUAAGAGAAAAUCACUUGCAGAGGGUUUAAAGUAAUAAGAGGAGCCUGAAUCUGAUGAAGAUGAAAGGAAAAACUCUAUCAGGAAGCAUUAUUAAAGAUUCACAUAAUUAAAAUAGAAAUCAGAUAUAAAUUCAGACUCUGAUGAUUUAUUUCUAGAUAUCAAGAAUAUGGAGCAAGAUAAUGGUUCUGUUAAGAUAAUGAGCAGAGAUAGUUCAUGCUUAGUUAGAGAAAGAUAAGAUUUAGAGUUGUUGAUUGAAGAACGUAAAUAGGGUAUCACUAACGCUGAAAACUACUUUGGCUUGUAUUCUUUCGAGAAGAGUGAGAAGUUAAAGAAUGAUAGAUGUGAAAGCAUUAAAAGGGCUGAGGAGUUAUUAAAUCAACUUAUAUCUGAAAAACCUUAAUCUUCCAGACCAUCUUAUCUGGCCUCAAACAGAACUAGAGAUGAGAACAAGGACACUUCCAGAUCGCCUAUUAGAUUCACUCAAGAGCCAAAGCCUGAACUCUUGGCUAAUGAGUUGAGCUUUAAUGGAGAGACCACUAUGAAAAGUCAAAUACCAGAAUUGAAGCCAAGGAAAGCAGAAUAAAAACCAAUAUUCCAAUAAACAAGAUACAGUGUAGAUUCAAAUGAGGCCAUUAAUCUCCAGAUAAACAAUGGGGUGCUCUCUUUUGAGCAGUGCUUAACAGAAAACUACAGAUUGGAUGAGGAGGAUAACAAUUAGUUCUCCAACUUCAACAAGACUGAGAAUCAACCAAAAGGAAUGUAUUCUGAAUACAAUCGCUCUGAUCUCCAAACUCCAUUUAAGUAUGAAUAGCAAACUUCGAGCUAUAUGAUGAGUCCAGUCGAUUCAAAUUAUCAUGAUUACAAGCUUAUUGAGAAGAAUUCAAAUAAUAAGCAGGCUCCAGAAACUCCACAAUAGAUUUAAUCAAACUUGAAAAGAAGAAGUAUGCAGCAGUUGAAAAAACCACUCCAAAAGAUACAAGCUGAUUAAUCUAACUAUAACUCCAGAGGUGAAAGCAUGCCAACUACUUCCUCUAAUAACACCCAAUCUAAAUCUCAAAGCUGUGAUACUACCAAAAGAAAAUAUGUGAAUCCAGGCAGUAGUACUAAGAAUGAUCAAUAAAAUAGAUUCAACAAUAAUUCUUCAAUUCAUGAAUAGCUGAGCACCAUUGACAAGUAAACUACUACAGUAGCCUAACCUGCAAUACUACAGUACUAGAAACAAUAUAAUCUUAGCACUAUUGACCCAGAAGCUUUCUACAUGGACAGAUCAAAAUCAGUCCUCAAAAGAAGAGAUGACUUACUUAAAAGAAAAUAACUUGAAAUACAAAGCAGGAUUGAGACUAAGAAUAUGAAAUAUGAUUAAAUGAUGAACACUAGAAAUAUUUCAUAGAUUAACAACAACAAUAGAGGAGUAAGUUAGGGAAAGUCCUCGAUCUCUAUUGAGCAGCAAAAUCAAACGAUUUAAUAAAGUAAAUCGAGCUAUCACUCUAAGUAAAAGAGUGGAGUGGACAGUAGAAGUUUGACUCCUAUCAAGAAAAGCUCUAAUAGCCAGAGUGAAUAAUUCUAAAGGUAAAGCGCAGUAGCAGUAAGUCAUCAGUAUCAAACAAUAGAAGAUAAUACUGCUAAUACAGUGCAAGCUGUAACAAAUAAAUAUGAAAUGCUAAGGAAGUCUUCUGUCGGUAAAUCUAUGAUCAAGUUUGAUAAGAGACCAGCUAAUCAGGUUCAUAACUAACAGUCCACCAUUAGUGGAGGAUACCCCAUUAAUUCCACAUUGAACUUAUAUACUCCAAGCAGCAUAUCAUCAAUUAAGAACAAUAAUAUUUCUUAAGUGCCCUCGACAUCUCAGAGUAAAUCCUCAAAGCUGACUAGUGAGUGCUCAAGCUAUAGGAAAAAAGUGAGCGAUGUUAGUUCUAACAAUUCCAAUUCUAAUUAAAGCUAGGUUAAUUUCAAAGAACCAGUCUCAACUAAGAGUAAUAAUAGUAAUGCUGUAGCCGUCUAAUAGAAGAAAUAGUAGCCUACAAGCUUACUUAAGAACAAUAUAGUAAAUAAAACUCUAAGAAUAGGGUAAAACAAGCCAAAAGAGUAUGUUCAGCUUAAACAUGAAAAAGGUAAGCAAGUGAUGAACAGCAUAACUGAAGGCAGUUAAUCAAUCGCAAAUACUCAUAUUAGUGAGAAAUAAUCGUUAAAUCAAACGAUCAAUUCAUAGUAAAGUUUUAUGGCGCAGAAUAGAUCUGUAGUUUCAAACUAUCAGCCAUAAAUCAUAAGUCAGUCAAAAACUGCUAGUGUGGCUAACGUGAUUACAAGCAGCAAUGCCCAAUAAGAUUAAAAGAAGAGUAAUAGCCAAUCAAGGUCAAUCCCAAGAUUCGGGAGUCAGCAUAACUAGCACAGUACUGGCAAGUAAACCAGCUAUAACACAAAUCAAAAAGGUUUACAUCUCCUUAGAACAGUGGAAUAUGUUGAAGAGGAUGUAUUCUUAGAACAAGAGUAAAGCGUUGAUAAUAGGAAAGAGACUCCCAAGAGCGAGUGCAGAAACUGCCAGAGACUGCUAAGCAAAGGCCUCUCAACUGACUUUUGCUUAGAACACUAUGGCACACCUAGAUGUGUUGAUGAGUGA